CGGGGAGACAGCCGGCGCGGAGUCGGGGCGAAGUUUGCCGAACAUGGCGGAAGAGCCCGGGGCGCGCAGGAACGCGCGGCGGCGGCCGGCGCUGGAGGAGCUGUAGCCGCCGCCGCCGCCGUCGCCAGGCGAGGUCGCCGCCAUGGCCCGCUGGAUCCCGACCAAGAGGCAGAAGUACGGGGUUGCGAUCUAUAACUACAACGCUUCUCAAGAUGUGGAGCUCUCCCUGCAGAUCGGCGACACCGUCCAUAUCCUGGAGAUGUAUGAGGGUUGGUAUCGAGGCUACACCCUCCAGAAUAAAUCUAAAAAGGGUAUUUUUCCUGAAACCUAUAUCCAUCUGAAAGAGGCAACUGUGGAAGACCGAGGGCAGAACGAGACCGUGAUCCCUGGGGAGCUCCCGCUGGUGCAGGAGCUCACGUGCACUCUGCGAGAAUGGGCUGUCAUCUGGCGCAAUCUCUACGUGAACAACAAGGUCACGCUCUUCCGCCAGCUGCAGCAGAUGACCUACAGCCUGAUUGAGUGGCGCUCCCAGAUCCUGUCUGGGACACUCCCCAAGGACGAACUGGCAGAGCUCAAGAAGAAGGUCACAGCCAAAAUUGAUCAUGGCAACAGAAUGCUUGGGUUAGAUCUGGUGGUGCGAGAUGACAACGGAAACAUCUUGGAUCCAGAUGAAACCAGCACCGUUGCCCUCUUCAAGGCCCAUGAAGUGGCCUCAAAAAGGAUCGAGGAAAAGAUCCAAGAAGAAAAGUCCAUUCUGCAGAACCUGGAUGUGCGGGGCCAGGCGGUCUUCAGCACUGUCCACACUUACGGCCUGUAUGUGAACUUCAAGAACUUCGUCUGCAACAUCGGGGAGGACGCAGAGCUGUUCAUGGCCCUCUACGACCCAGACCAGUCCACUUUCAUCAGUGAAAACUAUUUAAUUCGUUGGGGCAGUAAUGGGAUGCCCAAGGAAAUUGAGAAGCUCAAUAACCUUCAAGCAGUGUUUACUGACCUCAGCAGCAUGGACCUCAUCCGGCCUCGCAUCAGCCUGGUGUGCCAGAUAGUCCGGGUGGGCCACAUGGAGCUGAAGGAGGGCAAGAGGCACACCUGUGGACUCCGGAGGCCUUUUGGAGUAGCAGUGAUGGAUAUUACUGACAUCAUACACGGGAAAGUGGACGACGAGGAGAAGCAGCACUUCAUUCCGUUUCAGCAAAUUGCAAUGGAGACCUAUAUUCGGCAGAGGCAGCUCAUAAUGUCACCCUUGAUGACAUCGCAUGUGACUGGAGAGAAUGAGCCACUCACUUCAGUCCUGAAUAAAGUGAUAGCAGCGAAGGAAGUGAAUCACAAAGGACAAGGACUUUGGGUGUCCUUGAAGCUAUUGCCAGGUGAUCUUUCGCAGGUUCAGAAGAAUUUUUCACACUUGGUGGAUAGAUCAACAGCAAUAGCCAGAAAAAUGGGCUUUCCUGAGAUAAUCCUUCCCGGAGAUGUUCGGAAUGACAUCUAUGUCACCCUGAUUCACGGGGAGUUUGACAAAGGGAAAAAGAAGACGCCCAAGAACGUGGAGGUGACCAUGUCUGUGUUUGAUGAAGAGGGCAACCUGUUGGAGAAAGCCAUUCAUCCGGGUGCUGGCUAUGAAGGCAUUUCAGAAUACAAAUCAGUGGUCUAUUACCAGGUCAAGCAGCCCUGUUGGUAUGAGACUGUCAAGGUGUUCAUCGCCAUAGAGGAGGUGACGCGCUGUCACAUAAGAUUCACCUUCCGACACAGGUCAUCUCAGGAAUCCAGAGAUAAAUCAGAGCGCGCUUUUGGGGUAUCCUUUGUGAAACUGAUGAACCCAGACGGCACCACCCUGCAGGACGGGAGGCACGACCUGGUGGUAUACAAGGGGGACAACAAGAAAAUGGAAGAUGCUAAGUUCUACCUGACCCUGCCUGGGACCAAGGUAGAGAUGGAGGAGAAAGAGCUCCAAGCAUCCAAAAACCUGGUGGCCUUUACCGCAGGCAAGGAGAGCACAAAGGACAGUUUCCAGAUCGCCACCCUGAUUUGCUCCACAAAACUCACCCAGAAUGUUGACCUUUUAGGCCUGCUGAACUGGCGUUCCAACUCCCAGAACAUAAAGCACAACCUAAAGAAGUUGAUGGAGGUGGAUGGAGGAGAGAUUGUUAAGUUUUUGCAAGAUACACUGGAUGCACUUUUUAACAUAAUGAUGGAAAUGUCAGACAAUGAAACAUACGACUUCCUGGUGUUCGAUGCCCUGGUGUUUAUUAUUUCGCUGAUAGGAGACAUCAAGUUCCAGCAUUUCAACACUGUACUUGAGACCUACAUAUACAAGCACUUCAGUGCCACUUUGGCAUACGUGAAACUCUCCAAGGUCCUGAACUUCUAUGUGGCUAAUGCUGACGACUCCAGCAAGACGGAGUUGCUGUUCGCUGCUUUGAAAGCCUUGAAGUACUUGUUCAGGUUCAUCAUCCAGUCUCGAGUGCUCUACUUGAGAUUUUAUGGUCAGAGCGAAGAUGGAGAUGAAUUUAAUAACUCAAUCCGACAGUUGUUUCUCUCUUUCAAUAUGCUCAUGGACAGGCCUCUUGAGGAAGCUGUCAAGAUCAAGGGGGCAGCUUUGAAGUACCUCCCUAGCAUAAUCAACGAUGUCAAACUUGUGUUCGAUCCCAUUGAGCUCAGCGUGCUCUUCUGCAAGUUCAUUCAGAGCAUUCCUGACAACCAGCUGGUGCGGCAGAAGCUCACCUGCAUGACCAAGAUGGUGGAGAGUGGUCUCUUCCAGCAGUCAGAGUGCAGAGACGUGCUAUUGCCACUGCUGACGGACCAGCUCAGCGGCCAGCUGGAUGACCACUCAAGCAAGCCUGACCAUGAGGCCAGCUCGCAGCUUCUGAGCAGCAUCCUGGAGGUGCUGGACAGGAAGGAUGUGGGUCCCACGGCCAUGCACAUUCAGCUGAUCAUGGAGCGGCUGCUGAGGAGGAUCAACAGGACCGUGAUCGGGAUGAGCCGACAGUCUCCCCACAUCGGCAGCUUUGUGGCUUGCAUGAUUGCCAUCCUGCGGCAGAUGGACGACGCCCACUACAGCCAUUACAUCAGCACCUUCAAGACCAGGCAAGACAUCACUGACUUCCUCAUGGAAACCUUUAUCAUGUUCAAGGAUCUGAUCGGGAAGAACGUCUAUGCCAAAGACUGGGUGGUGAUGAAUAUGACGCAGAGCAGGGUGUUUCUUCGCGCCAUCAAUCAGUUCACUGAAGUCCUCACCAGACUCUUCAUGGAUCAGGCCAGCUUUGAGCUUCAGCUCUGGAACAAUUACUUCCAUUUGGCGGUAGCGUUUCUCACCCAUGAGUCCCUUCAGCUGGAAACCUUCUCACAAGCCAAGCGCAACAAAAUUGUAAAAAAAUAUGGGGACAUGAGGAAGGAAAUCGGCUUUAGAAUCCGGGACAUGUGGUAUAACCUGGGUCCCCACAAAAUCAAAUUCAUCCCAUCGAUGGUGGGUCCCAUUCUGGAAGUCACCCUGACCCCCGAAGUGGAGCUGCGAAAAGCCACCAUCCCCAUUUUCUUUGAUAUGAUGCAGUGUGAGUUCAAUUUCAGUGGAAAUGGCAAUUUCCAUAUGUUUGAGAAUGAGUUGAUCACCAAGCUGGAUCAAGAGGUAGAAGGUGGCCGAGGAGAUGAACAAUACAAGGUUCUAUUGGAGAAACUGCUCCUAGAACAUUGCCGGAAACACAAAUACCUCUCCAGCUCUGGCGAGGUCUUUGCCCUCCUGGUCAGCAGCCUCCUGGAGAACUUGCUGGACUAUAGAACCAUCGUCAUGCACGACGAGAGCAAGGAGAACCGCAUGAGCUGCACCGUCAACGUCCUGAAUUUUUACAAAGAAAAGAAGAGAGAGGACAUAUACAUAAGAUACCUGUACAAGCUCCGAGAUUUGCACCGAGACUGCGAGAACUACACAGAAGCUGCCUACACCCUUCUCUUGCACGCCGAGCUUCUGCAGUGGUCCGAUAAGCCCUGUGUGCCCCAUUUGCUUCAGAGGGACAGUUACUUUGUUUAUACCCAGCAAGAGCUGAAAGAGAAACUGUACCAGGAAAUCAUAUCCUAUUUCGACAAAGGCAAAAUGUGGGAGAAGGCCAUCAAACUGAGCAAAGAGUUGGCUGAGACCUAUGAGAGCAAAGUGUUUGACUACGAGGGCCUCGGCAGCCUCCUGAAAAAAAGAGCCUCCUUCUAUGAGAACAUCAUGAAGGCCAUGAGACCGCAGCCGGAAUACUUCGCCGUGGGCUACUACGGCCAGGGCUUCCCUUCCUUCCUGCGGAAUAAAAUCUUCAUCUACCGGGGGAAGGAGUACGAGAGGCGGGAAGACUUCAGCUUGAGGCUCCUGACCCAGUUCCCCAAUGCAGAGAAGAUGACCAGUACCACACCCCCUGGAGAAGACAUCAAGAUGUCCCCGAAGCAGUACAUGCAGUGCUUCACUGUGAAGCCCGUGAUGAGCCUGCCGCCCAGCUACAAGGACAAGCCCGUUCCAGAGCAGAUCUUAAACUACUACAGGGCCAACGAAGUGCAGCAGUUCAGAUAUUCCCGGCCGUUCCGGAAAGGAGAAAAGGAUCCAGACAACGAAUUUGCUACCAUGUGGAUCGAGCGGACCACGUACACCACCGCCUAUAGCUUCCCCGGGAUUCUCAAGUGGUUUGAAGUCAAACAGAUUUCCACAGAGGAAAUCAGCCCCUUGGAGAAUGCCAUCGAAACCAUGGAGCUGACCAAUGAGAGGAUCAGCAACUGCGUGCAGCAGCAUGCCUGGGACCGGUCCCUCUCCGUGCACCCGCUCUCCAUGCUGCUCAAUGGCAUUGUGGACCCAGCCGUCAUGGGGGGAUUCUCCAACUAUGAGAAGGCUUUUUUUACCGAAAAGUACUUACAAGAACAUCCUGAAGAUCAGGAGAAGGUAGAGCUGCUAAAGCGACUGAUAGCAUUACAGAUGCCUCUGCUCACAGAAGGGAUCCGCAUCCAUGGGGAGAAGCUGACAGAGCAGCUCAAGCCACUGCAUGAUCGGUUGUCCUCCUGCUUCCGGGAACUCAAGGAGAAAGUAGAAAAGCUCUAUGGGGUCAUAACACUGCCACCCAACUUGACGGAGAGGAAGCAGAGCCGCACGGGAUCCUUGGUGCUGCCUUACAUCAUGUCUUCUACUCUGCGGAGGCUGUCCGUGACCUCUGUGACCUCCUCUGUGAUCUCCACUUCUUCCAACUCCUCCGAUAAUGCACCUUCCCGGCCAGGAUCUGAUGGGUCAAUCCUGGAGCCGCUUUUUGAGCGCAGGUCCUCAUCAGGUGCCAGAGUGGAAGAUCUGCCCCUCAAAGAGGACAGCGAGAACCGAAUCGGCAAGUUCAAGAGAAAAGACUGGAAUCUGAGCAAGUCCCAAGUCAUUGCAGAGAAACAUCCAGAACCCGAUCUAAUGAGUCCAGCCAGAAAAGUGCAGAGGCCAAAGAGUCUCCAACUGGUGGACAGUCGCUUAACGCCAUUCCAUGGUUCUUCGCCCCCUCAGUCGACGCCUCUGAGCCCACCUCCUCUCACUCCUAAGGCCACCAGGACCCUAAGCUCCCCGUCUUUGCAGACAGAUGGGCUGGUGACUGCUGUUCCCCCUCCCCCUCCCCCCAAAAGCAAGCCCUACGAAAGCAGCCCGAGGACCUCCACCGAGGUCGCACCCCCACUGCCUGUCCGAAGAGAAGCCAAAGCCCCACCGCCACCGCCUCCGAAGGCUCGGAAAUCUGGCGUCCUUUCUUCUGAGCCUGGAUCCCAGUGAGGACCUCGCCCCCUCCUUGCAUCUCUGAGUGCCUUGGACAGCGGCUGCCUGAGAAUUGGCCUUUGGGAGUGGGUGUCCUCAUUACCAGGGGCUCCCUGCCGGUUGGUUGCAUUUUCUGAUCAGAGAUGAUGCUCACCAGCCCCAAACCGGUUUGUUCUCUCCAAGCUUCUCUUUGACAGCUGUUUGGAGCUGUGCAACCCUCCAGCCCACACGGAAUUCCAAGGAUUGGCCAUGCCCCAUGCAUUUUUCAAGGAGAGUGCUCCUCCACCGUGAUUGCGGAGACCCUGGGGUCUGCAGAAGCUGGGCCAGUCCCAUAGCCUCAGCACCUGUGCUCUGGACAGAUGGGUUUCUUGCUUUGCUUCUGAAAAGCUGCAUUUGAGACUUGGUGGUUUCUCUCAUCCUUGCACACCUAUCCCAUCCAGCGUCUGGGAAGAGACAGAUGUCAGUACACUGUAGCAGCCAGCAUAUCCCUGUCUUUCUAAUGUCUACUGUGUUUCCUUUGAGGAGAGAACACACAUUUUUAAUGGAGAUUGGCUGCUUUCAGGUGUGAAUGGCUGUUAUCGCUGAAAAACCAUGAACUCACCUUUGGCUUCACUGGAUGGGUUCCCUGGCCCAUGGCCCUCUGCACAGCAGCCGCUCCGCCUUACUAGGGAUCCCUCUGAAGCUCUUUUGCACAGUUUCUUGUCCUUCCUCGGAGCUCAGUUCCCUGGCUGUGAGGGACCUGGGAGCCUGGGUUUGACAGCUUCUUUGCCAGCUCCCAUUCGAAUGCCCCACGUCCCCUGUCCACUUCCUGAUUUUACCCUGGAGAGUACAGUGCAAUAUUUCCCUUUGAUUAUUUAUUCCUUUUGAUCAUGGGAUUAAUUUGAUUACUUGCUAAUGGUACUAAUGUCAGUACUUCUUUUCUGAACAAAAAAAUGGGGUGACUUAGAUAACCAAAUAUCACAUAAGUUACAGACGUUUUGAGCUGGAAGGGUUUUAAAAGUCAUACAAGGAGAGUCUCGCUUUGUAGAUAAGGAAACUGAGGCUACACCCAGAAAGUGGUACUACAGAUUUCUACUAAUGACCCAGCUUGCUAGCAUGGGCUGGGCCCGGAGACCACUGGGAGCUAGAGUGCACCCCCACCCAGUCCUCAGCACCUCGCCUCCGCUGGAACGGUAUUUGAAGUGUCCCAGAUAUUUCACAGUAUUGGGGUGUUGAAAGCAAUGCCGAGAACUUCUUGAUUGUGACUCUGAAGGUCAACGUGGCAGGGAGACUCCAGGGGUCUCUUCCAUGACUAGGCCCAGAGUCCUUUCUCCAAGGCCAAGAGAGGGAAGGAGCCUGCAGCAGUAGACGCCGUCUGUCUCUGUGAUGGGCUGCUCUCCCCACUGCCUUGUUAGGAGAGAAGUGCUGGCUCCCCUCACAGCCAAGGAAGCAAAAGCCUCCGUGACCUUGGCAGCGAUGACCCCAGAACGAGUGUGCAUCUUCCAGGAGUGCCUGGCAAUCGGAGUUCUUCACCCCGACCCGGGAGCUCCUAAGUGGGAUCGUGGAAACAAAGUGGACUUGGGAAUCAAACCCAUUUGGUCACAGUUCCCAGCCACGUCACCUGUUCACUUUGCAAGCUCCAAAAGGUGUUUGAUUUUCUGAGCUUUCUUUUCUUGCUUUUAAAAAUGGGGACAGUGCCUCGCACACAGGUUAUUCGGGGGCUCAGGUGCAAGGGGACAUGUGAAGGAGGAGGUACUUGUGUGAUGGUGCUUUCCUCUUCUGACAGGCAUGAGUAAGAUCUGGAACUCUCCCAGGGCAUUACUGACCAGAGAAGAUGUGAGUGAGAGUGGAAGAGGGGUUAAGAGGAAAGAAUCAGGCUGUGCAGAGGAAGGAAGGCACCUAGCCGGCUUCCUGGAAGGGACUGUAGGCCUCACCCUAUCUGUUGAUCUGCCAUUGAAGUCCAAACAUACAAACACAAGACUUGGGAGCCUGAGGCAGGAGGAUAAUAUGUUCAAAGCCAGCCUCAGCAAAAACGAGGUGCUAAGCAACUCAGUGAGAUCCUGUCUCUAAAUAAAAUACAAAAAAGGGCUGGGGAUGUGGCUCAGGAGUCAAGUACCCCUGAGUUCGAUCCCCAGUACCUGUCCCACCCCCACCCCCCACCCCCCCAAAAAAAAAACCCACAAGCCUCCAGCCUGUCCCUCCAGCAGAAGCAGUGAGUUUCCGGUCUGGUCUCUGGGCAGGGUGAGGGAGAUGUGACCCACCAGUGUCCAGGUGGUGUCUCUCUCUUUUGUAUGGAACAUAUAUUUUCCAUGUGACUCCUUUUCCAUGUUGAUGAGAAUAAGAGUUCUCGACUCUUCAAACACAGAGGAUCCCCGGUGGUGGUGUGGCAGAGACUGGCUUGCAGAGGACAUUGGAAGGUUGUUUCCUUGGGAAGCCAGGGGAUAGGCCAAUGUUCAUGACAGGAAGUCAUAAAUAAUGUCUGUCCUGAGGUCAAAGAGGAAGCAUGCCGAGGAGCACCUGAUGACUAUGGUAAAUGUAGAAGAGCUGAGCCAUAGGAGAAGAGGGAAGGGACUGGUCUUUGUUUUCCCAGAGACCUUAGCAAGACAUUGAAAUUAGCCCCCAAACUGCCACCACCUUUGUGAAUACUGGUUUAUGGUUUGUGUUGUUAUCAUUUAUUUAUCUCUCCCUCCCUGUCUAUGCUGGUGUCUUUUGUCUUGCUUGGAGAUGCUUUUUUCAAAGCAGUGUGGCAUUCAGCACCUACGAAGUUGCUCUCGAAGGCCAGACCCACUGUUAACCCCUCAGGAUUUAGCAUUGGAGCGUAUUUAGUGGAAACAGCCCAGAAUACAAAAGCAGUUCCCUCUGGGUGCUGCAGGAUUGCAAAGCCAGGGUGAAAUUGAAACCCUAAAUAGAGCUGCUGGGCAUGGGUUGCUCACCUCCUCCACCUCCACCCGAGGCUCCGUGAUGACGGUCAUCUCCUCCUGCCAGGGAAACCCCUUAUAAACCACAGCCACAAUGCAAGUCCCAAGAUGAAGCAAGGUGCCAAGCAGGAUAGGAGGUGUCCCACCUUGGUCAACUCUCCAACCUGGAAGAGUCUCUCCCCUCUAGUUGGCCUCCAGAUUGUGGGACAAUUCAAUUGAAAAUGACAUACAGUUCAGGGCACAAAUCCUGGGAGUGUGGAUGGAUGGAUUUCGAAAUAGCUGCCCACCGUGUGUGUCAACACCUCUAGAUUCACUUACCCACUUCCAGAAGGUACCCGUAGCACCAUUUUGUGAAUGGCAUUUAGAAGGUCCUCUAAGGUCGUGCCUUCCUUCCUCACCCUUCUCAGGUGUAAUGAAAAGGGGAGAAAACCCCACCAUCAACAUAGAGUUAAGACUAUAGAGAUGAGAUCCAUUUUAACAAGUCAAUUUAUAGGCACUUCCUAAGCCUCAGUUUCCUCGUCUGUAAAAUAAACUGAUAUUUACAUAAUAGAGUCGGCAUGAUUUUCUUCAAAUCCCUUCCAGCCUUAGCUUCUUUUAUUUUAAGUGAGUCAGAAGGAAAAUUCCUCACCAACUCACAUGCACAAGGCCCUGGGCCCUGGGUUCAAUCCCCAGCACGACCAAAAAAAAAAAAGGAAACAUUCUUACUAAGGCUUUUAGGUCCAUGCACUGGAAUCCCCAAUUUUUAUCCCACAUUGGUGCUUUGACCCACCUAUACCUUAGCUCUUAAGAUCAAAAUAUUGGCAGAUAUUAAAAUAACGACUCUUGCACAUAUUUUUGAAAUAUUGACCUAAGUCACUGUAAUUCUUUUCAGUAGCCUGUAAAUGAUGUCAUUUCCACACUGUUCUUAAGACUCUGCCAACCUGACCCACCAUGUCUAGACUUCCAGUUCAUUUGAAGAAUCAUGCUUCUCUGUGUCCUUUGGUAAAAAUCAGUUCCUUAGAGGCUUUCACUCUUCUGUCAGACAGUUGUUAAAACUAGAAAAAGUCAAGUUUCUCUUUGGGUGGGUUCAGAGCCCUCCAUUUUAAUCCACAAGAGGAACGAGAGUUUUCCUUUCAUGUUCAUGAUUGCAGGCGGAUUCUUCUGAUCCAGCCAAAGCUGGUCUUGUGUGCAUGCUGCCAAAGUCAUCUAUGAAUCAUUUUUUUGUGAGUCAUUCAUCCAAACCAUUACAGCUACUCCUUUGACAUGACUUUGUACCUAGUUAGGUUUUUAAACAUGGACAGUUAGGAAGAUGUGCAUUGGUAGAAGAAUUUUGUUCGGAUUUGCUGUUAUUUAUUUUUUAAAUUAAACAUGGAGAUGUAUUUUAAUGUUCAUUAUAUGUUUAGUUUGUUAUUACUUUUAUUAAUGAAAUGAAAUCAUGAACUUGGAAUUUUUCCUUCCUGACACCUCUUUGAAGACACAUCACGCCCAGGCUCCCUCUGGCUGGUGUAUUGUGGGUCCUCUUGGUUGAAACGUGUAUCUUGGGGUCCUGGAAUCAUCUGUGCCCAGAAGUAAUAAAAACUUCAGACCAUUUGGUUAUCCUCACGCCUCCUGUCCAUGCCUUUGGCACCUGACCUGACGGUUUUCUGAUGGCAGUUUAUUUGAUGUACGUAGGUUUUAUUUCCUUCCUCAUUCAUCAUGGGUAAUUUGGCAGAGGUAAAGAGAGAAAUGGAGAAGUUUAGAAAGACUGUCUCUCACAGGGGAAGGAUAGGAACUGAUUCUCAGCCUAGGGGGAAGGUUCUUUAUUAACUAGGAAGAGGCCCCAGCCCAGCCCAGUCCAGUCCUAUCAGCAUUUUUGAGGGCGGGGAGUGGAACCCAGGCUCAUAUUUCAUUCAGAGUUUCCAUUUGUUCCAACACUAAGCCAAGGUUGAGAAAUUGGUAGUUGGGCGUGUUUUGUAAAAUCCAUGCAGGUGGCUGAUCAGGUUGGAGGGAGGGAGGUCCCAUUGCAGCUGGAGGGACUUGUGUGUGUGUUUGAAAAAAGUUCCCCAAUGAUUUCAAACAUUUGCAGUCUAUUACUUUGUAAAAGCAAAGCAGUAAUUCUCCACUGUCUGUCACCCAUUUGCUGAUUAAAAAUGCACGUUUUUUUUUUUUUUUUUUUUGGUGGCACUGGGGAUUGAACUCAGGGCCUUAUGCAUGCAAGGCAAGCACUGUACCCACUGAGCUACAUCCCUAGCUCACCCCCCAGCCCCUUAAGAAAUUCUACUUUAAAGUAUCUUCCACUAUCAGAAUCACUAAGUGUUGUCAGCUUACACAGGGAUUCUGGUUUUUUUCUCCAGUUAUCUCUAGGGGGUGUUAAAGCUUUUAAAACUUUGGAAAUGACCUAUCUAUUUUCAAGCCAAUCCUUUUGCUACUUGAUCAUUUAAAGUCGCAUACAUUGGAUAACUUAUCACAUUAAAUGUGUGCUUUGAUGUUUCCCCACCCUUUAUUUUAAGAGGCUUAUUUUGAUAUAUUGAUGAGCGAGUUCUUCAGAUUCAGGAACAUGUUUGACAUAUGAGUAAAGGGUUGUGUUUUUUUGUUUUUUGGUUGUUUGUUUGUUUGUUAACUGGGGAUUGAACCUAAGGGUUCUUAACCACUGAGCCACAUCCCCAGCCCUUUUUUAUAUUUUAUUUAGGCACAGGUCUUGCUGAGUUGCUUAGGGCCUUGCUAUGUUGCUGAGGCUGGCCCUGAACUUGCGAUCUCUCUGCCUCAGCCUCCUGAGCCACUGGGAUUACAGGUGUACACCACGUGAUGGCACAAAGGGGCUAUUUUAACUCUCCUCCUUCCCCUUGGUCAUUUGGGAAUCAAGUGGACUCAAGAGGCUCACGUAAACUGCAAACCACCAGUGCCACCAGGAGCCAGUAACACCAGCGCCAGGCAGACGGAUGAGCAUUUCUCACCUUCAGGGAGGCCUGCAGCUGGCUCCAAAGAGAUUGCCCCAGAGAAGAAGAGUGACAGAGGACACCUGAUGCUUCAAGCAGGACACGUACAUGAAGUGGGAGUGGGACUUUUUGGAAAAUGUGUUCAUUAAUGUAAAGAUUGUAAAUUAUAUUGUUUUUGUAAAAGCAGUUACUGAGUGAUUGGCAGAUGGAAGCCUGUCAUCCUGACUUGUAUCUAUCUAUUGACUAAUAAAAUAAUGCAGUUAUGCUUUUGUUCCAUAAA